ACUGUUCAACACCAUGGGGACUAGGCCAGGUUGAUGAAAUGCCUCCAUUUUUGCAUAAUUCCAUAGUGACAUCGAUCGCGCACAUAUAUGAAUUAAUUACCUUGGCUGGCCAAGUCUAAAAAGCAAAGUCGUGAAUCAACAUCGCGAUAUCGAGUCGAGUCCGACCCAAAAACAAGCGUACCAUAGAGCUCAGAGCUCAAGGAGGAGCUCGAGCAGCUAGCAGCUAGCAUUUUUCAUCAUAACUACUAUACUGUUGAUUACUCUCCAUUCAUACAGUUUUGCCGUAAAGAUUUCAGCGAAAUCUCAGAAAAUGGACAUGAUGGAAGAAAACAUGAUUAGGCAUGAUGUAGGCCUAAACGUUAGGCCAGAUAAAAAUGACGGUGGAGUUGAAGUUAUUCCAAAUGCUACAUGUAUACCUCCACCAGCCACACAAGAUGCACUGGCCUACCUCAAUUCAAUAACUCAAGAUGAUCUCCAAAGCAUCCUCUUCACCGACGCACUUGUGACGACAUCCGAUACAGGAAAGGAGCUUGGUGAGUUCUCGGUCAGCAUCGAGCUCGCAAGACACAGUGGCCAAGAUUGUUUGCUAAUUCAUGCCAACAGCCACGGGGCACUCGACAAUGUGCCAAUGGGAACCUCAGUCACUGCAUAUGUGUCCAAAAAUCUACAGACGUUAGAGCAACAGCAUCAUGAGUACGUGAAGCUUGAAGACCAUCAUCUCGACAAGAAGACAUUUCUCACACUACAAGAUGGCCACUACAUCGUCAACAAAGUUGUCAUGCAAGGGGAGCAAGUGCAGAGGACAGCUCAGACUUACGGUCUAAAUUCAAUGAAGGGAUUCAUAUCUGAAGGAUCCAAUCUCCUGCUAGAGAGAGUGAUGGCUAAGAAGGGAAUUCCAGACAACAUGUGCUUUCUCUCCUUUGACUCCGAGGCAAAUCUCUGCUGCGCCACUUACGUGAGUUGUUUCCAUAGCUUUUAAAUUCCUUAGCUUGCUCAAAUGAGUUUUCGCUUUGAAAUUAUAUCCAAUAUUGUGGAGAUCACACGCAGUAAGAAUAGUAUAGGACAAGUGAACUUUAGCAGGAUUUUCAAAAGCGAUGAAAAAAAGUCUCCAUAUGUACAUGUAUGUAUGUCAACAGACAAUGGCUAUAACGGUAAGAACACAAUGGGGUCCACAAACAUGUUGUUUAAGAUCAGACCCUUUGCCUUACUAUAAAAACACAUUUUGUGUCACCUAAACAAAGUUUUGGGAGACACUUAGGGUAAAUGGUGCGUGGCAACCCACGGUCCAAAUUUUAGUUUUUGGUAUUAAAAAUUGUUAUCAAGGCUAUCGUGGAAAAGGUU